UUAUCAAACUUGUUCAAUUAUGGCGGGUACGUGUUUUUUCGAGCUUAAAUAUGAAAUGAGUAGUAAUAUGCGCCGCUCAGGCGGCGACAUUGACAGCGAUUUGUCGAAUAUUCUCGUGCGCCAUUUUGUGAAUGCUAUGGAAUUUGGUAUUAAGUAAUUACGCAAGGAUAACAACAACGGAUUUGUUAUCAUGACUGAAAACUCAGCUGUGGGCAAGACAACACUGAAACGUCAUGAAGUGGCAAGACCUAUUCACAUACAGAGACUGGAGGCCGCCUUAGAUGUUCGACCAUUCGUUAACCAAGUGAAGAGAAUACUUAAUCUAGAAGAUGGAACUGAGAGUGAAGAUGAUUCUGACGUCAAGUCAGCAGUCAAUGAGAUGUCUAAAGGAGACAGAAUCGUUCAUGGGGUUGUCACUACUAAACAAGAGCGGCAAAGUGAUCGCCUAAGACUUUACAACUUAGCGUCUGUUGGGGAGGAGCGAGAAUGGUUACGUGAUAUAUUGUUGGAAUCUAGUUCAGAAAGCAGCAGUGAUGAUGACACCCCUGAGGGAAAGGAGAUGAGGAUACAGAGGAUGUUGAAAGAAAGAUAUCAUCACAAUAAAUAUGUCAAGAAUUACUACAAAGAUCCUGGGAAUUCCCGUUAUAUGUAUUAUGGUGCUGGCCUGUUAUCUACUGUGGAUCGUUAUCCUGAACGUCGAGUCAGUAGGCCAGUGCCACCACCGCCCGCUUCCAGAGGGCGUAGAGGUCGACCUUCAGAAAGAGGUGCUACUAGAGGCGUACAGAAAUCUAGAAGGGGCCGUGGUAGGGAUAAUAGGGUUGGCAAUGAAACAGAUGUUGUGGACAAUCUUGAAUGGGAGGAACAAUUAAAAAAUUUGAAACAAGAGAAUGAUAGUGAAGAGUACAGUAUAGAUAAACCAGGAGUUAGGGGCCGUAAAAAAUUAUCUACUGUGAAGAGUCCGGAAGCUUUGACCGCCCGUCGGCGUCGCCACUGGCUGCUGUUAGUCAAAAAAGAGUUAGGAAAGAUCCAGAGGGCACGGGCAGCUACACACAGGGAAGUGAUGUUGCAAAGGAAACGGUUGGCAACACUGUGCUGUAAACAUUGGAGACAUGUGGCUAUGCAGUCUCAGAAGAACAUGAAAGAGACAGUCUGGCGAUGCAAGAGGCUCAGUCGCGAAAUGCAAGCUUACUGGCGACGGUAUGAUCGCGCCGAGAGGGAAACUCGACGCCGUAUGGAGAGGGAAGCUGAGGAACAAAGAAAGAUGGAUGUGGAAUUAAUGGAAGCGAAACGUCAACGUCGUAAACUUAACUUCUUAAUAACGCAGACAGAACUGUAUGCACACUUUAUGCAGCGUAAAAUGAACUCUGGUGAAGAGGGCGACUCUGGUGCUGACCGUAUACUGAGACAGUUGGAUGAGGACAGAGAUCCGAGACUUACGGCUAUCGACCAUUAUGACAGUGAGGCAAUGAAAGCACAAGCGUCCCGCAAUGCUCGCGAGGCGUUCCAUGCAGAACGUGCCCGCACGCAACAGUUCGACGCGGCUGCGGGUGUGACGUCACAGGAAGACCCGGCGACGGACACUAGCGAGCGCCGCGCCGGCGACCACGAACAGCCUUCCAUCUUUAGGGGAACACUGAAGGGUUACCAGCUAAAGGGCAUGAAUUGGCUCGCGAACUUAUACGAUCAGGGUAUCAGUGGCAUACUAGCAGACGAGAUGGGCCUGGGCAAAACUGUACAGUGCAUAGCAUUCUUGUGCCACGUGGCAGAGCGGCUCGGGGUCUGGGGUCCCUUCCUGGUUGUAUCUCCAGCCUCCACUUUGCACAACUGGCAACAGGAGAUGCAGAGAUUUGUACCAGAUUUUAAAGUUGUGCCAUAUUGGGGUAGUCCUGGUGAACGCAAAAUCCUUCGUCAGUUUUGGGAGCGUAAAGACCUUCACACACGUCAGGCCGCGUUCCACGUGGUUGUCACAUCAUAUCAGAUCGUCGUCUCCGAUUUGAAGUACCUGAACAGAGUGUCUUGGCAGUAUAUGAUACUGGACGAGGCACAGGCUAUAAAGAGUUCAGCAAGUAUGAGGUGGAAGCUGUUACUCGGAUUCAGUUGUAGAAAUAGGCUGUUGCUCUCUGGUACUCCAAUACAGAACAGUAUGGCUGAGCUGUGGGCCCUACUCCACUUUAUAAUGCCGACACUGUUCGAUUCGCACGAGGAAUUCAACGAGUGGUUCUCAAAGGAUAUAGAAAGCCAUGCUGAGAAUAAAAGCACUAUAGAUGAGAAGCAUUUAUCUCGAUUGCACAUGAUACUGAAACCAUUCAUGUUGCGGCGAAUCAAGAAAGAUGUAGAGAACGAGUUGUCAGAUAAAAUAGAGAUUAUGGUUCAUUGCCCAUUAACAAUUAGGCAAAAGCUUUUGUACAUAGCAUUAAAAAAGAAAAUUAAAAUUGAAGAAUUACUCCAUUAUUCAGUUGGUGGUGAGUCCGGCCACAAUGUAGAUAAAAAUUUCACAUCGAAUUUAAUGAAUUUAGUUAUGCAGUUUCGAAAGGUAUGCAAUCAUCCAGAACUAUUCGAAAGGCGAGACGUAAAAUCACCAUUUGCUAUGCAAGUUGAUGAUUACCACAUGCCGAAAUUGGUGGCUGAGGAAUGCAUACUGAUACGUUCAAUACCAUCAAAGAGGCAUUUGCUGUACAACAUAUUUUCCAUAUUGCAACCAGAACAUAUACACAGAAGUUAUGACUUUGUUGAUAGCCAGUGUUUUAGCUUUUUAAAGUUCAUAGACCUAUCACCUAUGGAGGUGUUUAGAGUUAUGCUGUGCGGAUGGUUGUAUGCGAUGCAACAUAUAGAACAGUGUCUUGAAAAAUAUGAGAAGUUACGCCACAGACAGACCUGGUGGUACAGUGAUGAUGGUUGUGAUAUAAAACAAGAAGUGACAGAGACAGAGACAGAUGUACCCAGUGAUCACUAUAAUAGAGUGAGAUGCAAAGAUAUGCUGCUUGUGUGUCCCGAUGGUGAUGUUUUGAAGAGAAGAAAACACGAUAGUUUGAUGUGGAGGGAGCUAUUGUUCGUAGAUCCACUAUGGACACAAGGCGGCCCGUUCUACACUCACACCGAGCACGCGGUGCACUAUAUGCAGGAAACAAUAGAACAUCGCGCGCUGCGGGCCAGGAAUCUAAGAGAAAAGGAAGGACAGACGGAGAUGUUAAGCGAAAUAAAGACUGAGGAAGGAGGCGUGAUGUCGGUAUCAGCUGCGGACACCACGCUGGACGAAUUCCCGCAUACGGAGCGGCCGCCGCGCUUAUAUACCAACGUGCCCACACCGCUGCCUCCGUUCUUGUACACAGCACAGCAGAAGGUAUGCGCAAACACGCGUUGUCCGUUUGCCGUUUCGAGAAACUUCGCUUACCACGUGAGGAGGCACCAGCACGGGGAAUGUGCUGAGGGGAGUGAUACAUUGGCACGGCUCGUAGCCAUCGCGAAACCACCAUGGGGUUGGGCUUCCUUACAGGUUCCCGACAAGAACCAGCUAGUGAGUGAUGCCGGUAAACUAACUGUAUUGGACUCUCUAUUGAAGAGACUGAAGGAGCGCGGUCACAGGGUGCUCAUUUACAGUCAGAUGACCAAGAUGAUAGAUUUAUUAGAGGAAUACAUGUGGCAUCGUAAGCACAAAUAUAUGCGGUUAGAUGGAUCCAGCAAAAUAUCAGCGCGGCGCGAUAUGGUCGCUGACUUCCAGGCUCGAGCAGAUAUCUUCGUGUUUUUACUAUCGACGCGAGCGGGCGGUCUUGGUAUCAAUUUAACUGCUGCUGAUACUGUGAUAUUCUACGACUCUGACUGGAACCCGACGGUGGACCAGCAAGCCAUGGACCGCGCGCACCGGCUCGGACAGACCAAGCAGGUGACGGUCUACCGGCUCAUAUGCAAGGGCACCAUCGAGGAGAGGAUCAUGCAGCGCGCUCGCGAGAAGAGCGAGAUUCAGAGAAUGGUUAUAAGUGGUGGUAACUUUAAACCUGACACGUUGAAACCAAAAGAGGUAGUGUCGUUACUAUUGGAUGAUGAAGAAAUAGAACUUAAAUAUCGCCAAAAGUCUGAAGAAAAGAAAUUGAUCGAGGAAAGAGAAAGAAAAAGGAAAUUAGGAAUUUUACCACCGGCGGUAGUGAGCGAUCCGAAGCGUCCGCGCGAGUCCUCCCCGGCUGUCGAUAGUCCGCCUGAAUCGGACGCCACACCCGUGACUACUGCCACCACCACAGCGUACUCGCCGCCGCCGCGCGGGGCCGGCUGGGGCAGUCCCUGGGGAGGUAGCUGGGGUGGUUCCGCGCAAGGGGGCCGCGCGGCGCGGGGCGGGGCGCGGCGGGGCCGCCCGCGGGGCUCGCGCCACUCCCUGGGCCGCCGCUCCGACGGCGCCGCGGCCGCCGCUGGCCCCGCUGCCGCCACGCCCUCCACCUCCGCGACCAGCGAUGCAGACGCACUCGCUGCUGGCGCCGCCCUCUUGGAGUCGGACGCUCCACUGGAGAUCAUCGAGACGAGUGGUGGUAGUGGUAGCGGUGAGGUGCGCGGGCGGCGCGGGCCGGGCCGGCCGCGGCUACGUGCGGCGGCGCGGCCGGCGCCACGCCGACCGCGCCGUCCACGCGAGCCGUUGCUCGUGCCGCUGGCGCCGCCGCCCUAGCGCCCGCCACCACCACACGCCGUCACGCAUCCUCGCCGCUAGUCGGUUGUCAAUUGUCCAUGUGAACUACGGCUGUUGCGGUUUACUUAAAAAAACCCACCUCUACCUAGUGCAAUUGUUGUUUAUAUUAUUGCAUAUAUUGUUCAUAAUAAGUUCAGCUUUAUUUUAAUCACUAUGAACAGAGACAGCGUUUUUUGUAAAGUAUUAAAGUACAAAGUUUCAGAAACUUUGUUUACCUAAUUAAUUUGUUACAUGAACUAAAGCGUAUAUUAUUUAAUGUAAUAUUAUUUUGUAAUUAUCAUAACUAUAAUAAAACAAUAUCAAAU